AAGCAGAAAGACAAACGCACAGAGGGGGAGAGAGUAGAUGACCACUUCGCGACCCGCAUGGCUUGUUGUUUUUCCCCAUGCACGUUUUGUUUGCACUUUCCUCCACAUCAGGACUGCUCACUGAUCCAGCGCAGUCUUCCAGGAGGACUCUCGGGACUUGUCCAGCUUCCCUUGUGUUGAAGAAAUCCGCUACGAGCUCGGAAUCACUGCCAUGGAAGAAGCCGCUGCAGAAAGGAACUCUUCCUAACUUAUGGGGAUUGUUUUUAUUUCUUCUUCCUAAGUGUGUUGGCGAGUUUCUCUUUUAGUUUCCAGCUCAAUCAUGUAUGGAUAAUAAAGGGAGGUUCUCUGAAGACUCCGGCGUUAAUGGAUCAGCGCUGACGGGAGCCGGGAUUUCACCGUGCGCUGCCAGCCUGUUGAACGCCCACUCACGGGCCCGUUUCACGCACCAUCUGCCCCGCAAUAAACAGCAAAGACUCUUUAUUAUCAGUGGGAGCUGUGUGUACGUUUCACAUAUGACACUGGUGUGAGUUUGUCUGUAGCCAGAAUAAUGGCAGCCGCUGACGCACUGACACGGAGCGUCUGUAGAUCCGUGUCGGCUCUGAGUUGUGUACUUUUGUUUUUCGGCUACUUCUCCGUGGCCUCGCCGUCCCACGGUCGGCGGCUGAUAUGCUGGCAAGCCAUCCUGAACUGCCAAGCCGAACCCGAAUGCAAUUACGCAUACGAUCAUUACUCGCGCGCCUGUGGCCCCGUGCUCAGCGGCGAGAGGAAGAAGUGUCCCAGCCACUGCAUCUCCUCGCUGGUGCAGCUCAACCUCACCAAAAACGGCCCGGCGCUGGAGGACUGCAGCUGCGCGCAUGACGCGAUGUGCACGAGCACCAAACGGGCCAUCGAGCCGUGUCUGCCCAGGACUACCAGCACUGGCUGCACGGAGGCGCGGCGCCAGUGCGAGAGGGACCAGCAGUGCAGCUCCGCGAUGCACGAUUAUCUGAACCAUUGCGGGAAACUUUUCAGCGGCGCCGUGUGCACCAAUGCAUGCAGGAAUGUGAUCGCCAACAUGCGUAAAACACCCAAGGGUCAGCAGCUGGACACUUGCAUGUGCGACGGGACGGAGCGAGCCAUCUGUGAGUUUGUGAAGAGCAGCAUGAAGGCGCUGUGCUUCGACUCUGCAGAGAAGGUCGAGGCCAGCGGAGACUUGGGCAUCGAUCAAGAGUACGAAGAUGACAUUUUGUAUCCGGACUAUUUUGAGGAGCUUGAGAGCGGAGCCUCUCUUCCAGUCUCUCGCUGCGUUUUGACCCUGCUGGCAUCCAUUUUGGCUCUCCUGCCCCUCAUUUAAUCCCUGGGUUCAUAAUCUGCCCAAGACUAUUGUCCGGAUAAAUGGCACUUUCAACUUCUUGUCACCCAUUGACCCUCUGACCUUCUAUUGAGAAAGGUUAGCGCCUCAGACACUCAAAGGGGAGGGUGGUGUGACGCAGGCCUUGUUCGAAGGAUUUUUCAGGACAUUUACUAUGCAAGUAAACACAGACAUGAUUUUUGUUUUUACAGUGUGAGCUCAAGGCUGCUCUUCGUCUCACACCCUAAACCACACCACUUCUCUGCUCUCCAGAUGCGUUGCUUAUGUGAUAAGCUCACUUUCUCACAGCAUCAGACUGAUAACGUGAACGUGCCAUGAUAAAGACACACUCGGUAACAAUGUUACAUUUAAGUCACUGCCUAUCUUUUUUUUUUUUUUCUUAAAGAUCCAAACUAUUUUUUUAUGAUAGAUUAUGGCCAUGUACUGGCACCAGCUUUGCUGUUUUACAGGUAUUUAAUGCUGGAAUUGAUAUGAAUUUGUAAAUAGAUAGGAGAUAGGAGUUCAAGUGAAACAGUAAUUUAUUACAUUCAAACCUAUAGUUACAUCCAAAUGUCCACCAUGUGAAUAGAAGACAGAGAAUUACAGCUUUAAAGGGAACUUAUUUGGAAUGUAUUCUCUUCAAAGAUAAUGUACAUUGUAUAUAUGUUUAUAGCAUAUAUAGAUUUUUUUUGGCAGAGAAUCCUCUAUGUUUUAGGCUAUGAGAUGAUUUAUUCACUGUGUAUAUUGCCUAGAGAAAGAAAUGUCUAAAUCCACUGUAUGAUUGCCUCAUUGAUAAACUUAUAUAGAAGGCAUAAAGGAAACUUGAAGAUA